CGCCGUGACACCACGGUACGGUAGACCCAUCCGCCCAUCGCCGGAGCAUCAAAAACCAAACCUGACAAAGAACAAUAACAACGACACCAAUCCUGGAACCAUGGAAGAACUUCUGGUUCGCCCGGAAAACAACAGAGAGGUAUAUGACGCCUACGGCCACAAUAUGAACAAGAACGUAGGCAGUCGCAUCGAUGUUCAUCACAACAUCAGCCACAACCACUACCACCAAAACAGCGCCGGAAAGACAACACCGCGGUAUUGCUGCGAGCUAGAACCUGAGGGCGAAAGCGAUCCCGAACCGCCGCUGUCUCGAUUCGGGAGCACUGCUCUAUCCUAUCGAACCCUAAGAGCCGCCCUCGUGGUGGGAUGCCUCGUGUACGCAUCGGUGGAUGGCUACCAUCGAUACCGGCAACAGCACCAGAACCGACAGAAGCAUCCGCAGAACAGCAACGCGCCAGCAGGCAACGCGGCAUACGUUGGAAGCAACGUCCGGAAGCAGGGACGGGUGACCAUGGAGCUCACAGGGGAUUUCGAAACGAAAACCCUCAUACACAAGCCGGAAAUAGAGUUGGACCCGAGCACCAAGGGCAACCAUGGCGGCAGCGGCGACGAAAACGCAAAUGAGAAUCCAAACGUGGGCAUCCCCAUCGAAUCGUACAAGGCCACCUACCACUACACCAGCCCCAAAGCACCGCCCGCAGUGGUAGCAAGCUCCGAAAAUGAGCACAGUACCGAUGUGUUGCAGGGACAACGCCAAUACUUUCUGAAGGAGUCAGUCGCAUCGAAAUUGAACCACCGCGUACGUGCUUCUUCCUCGUCGUCGGCGUCAGACUCGCAACCAGAACCGCUCUUCGAUCCCCAGAUUGCCUGGCUUGCCUCCUUCCCAAACAGUGGGACAUCGUUUACCCUAACCAUGGUAGCACGGGCAACCAACACUACCUUUGCUACCAACUACGGCAUCGAGGCCAACUAUGGAUCAAAGGACGAACCUUCGAUGCCAAUUUACCCCCGCCACCCGGAGGGUCCCUUCAUGCCCAACUCAGAAACAUCCUUCCACCACCGCUCGCUCCCCUACGGAAAGUAUGUCAUCACCAAGACUCACUGCGGGGGAUACUGCUUCCAGUGCAAUCCCGCUGACUACGCCUACGGAUACAGAGAGGGUUCGAGGGACCAGGCGGGGGAGGAUCCUUCUGGUACAACUACUAGCAGGAGCUAUUCUUCCAUCCAUCCCGCUGUCUCAUUUUUGCAGGACUGUGCGUCGGGACACGCGGUCGACACCAAAGGCAACCUCGUGGACGUGGCCUACCCCCCCGAGCGCGUCUCUCGCGUGAUCCACCUCUACCGGAAUCCGCUUCACAACGUGAUUGCACGCUUUCACCUGGAGAGAAAGCACCACGGCGACGCCAACACGACGCAAGAUCAAGAGUGGCUGGAAAACCACCCAGACGACCGAGUCGGCCUCCAGCGGUUCUGCGCGAGCCAGAAUAAGCACCGGGAAGAAAGGGAAACCGCGUUUUUUGCCAGCGACUUUUUUGCGCAGAAGGACGGCAACGACGACGAACCCACUCUGUCCUAUGCACGCCGCAACGGUGACCACCUGGCGUCGACCAAGUCCGGGAUUCCCACCGCACAAUCGCAACCGCAACCAUCAAUGCAAGCCUCUUCUUGGAACGAUCUCGUGGCGAACGUUCCCUGCAAGGCAGAAUUCUUUCGCUACAUCCAGUGGCACAACCUUCUCCACGAGGCGCUCGACUACGUCCCCCACAAGCUCCCCGUUCUAACGGUCUACUACGAGGACUACGGCGGUGGGGAGGAAUCCUACCGUGCCACGACAGCCUCGGUCCUGGAAUUCCUCGAACUGGAGCCAAUCGCUGGCGACAAGCGAGGGAAUGUCAAGUGGACCGAAUUCCGGUCGCGGACCGAUUAUGACGGAUUCUUUUCGGACGACGAUCGGAGCACCAUCGCUUCCUUUUUGCGAACCCUCGCCAGCUUCCGCGUGUGGGGAGAAAUCGAGCACUACUUUGCCGAGUGAUGUGACGGUUCCUCACAUAUUCAUACCGAACCAACCGAUCGGCUUGUUGGCUUGCUUCGUGGAGCGAGGUAGCUGGUCCAAUGAGGAAUCCAACCAGCCAUGACUGUGAAGUGCAGCCGACUCAAAACCAACCUAGUAAAAUAUAGAACGCAAAACGUAACAUUAGUAAAGUAAAUUCCAUUCC